AUGCCCAGGCCGGGACAGCCUCGCCCAUCGUCUGGGCCUCCACGGUUGGGUCCCUGGGAGAGGCCAACAGAAUUAUGCCUGGAAACCAAUGAUGAGCGCUCCCAGCCCCCACCAGGCCGCCGCACCCGCAGGCCAGACCCCAAGGACCCUGGCCACCAUGGGCCAGAAAGUAUCACCUUCAUUUCAGGCUCUGCAGAACCGGCAACCGAGCCCCCAACCUGCUGCCUCCUCUGGCGACCUUGGGGGUGGGACUGGUGCAGGGCUGCCUUCUGCUUCCGCCGCUGCAGGGAUUGCCUGCAGCGCUGUGGGGCUUGUGUGCGGGGCUGCAGCCCCUGCUUAUCUGCUGGGGACCCCACUGAGAGAUCUACGGAAGCCACCUGGGUCAAGGAGCACAAUGGCGUGCCGCCCAGCCCGGACCAUGCACCCCCCAGCCGCCGGGAUGGCCAGCGGCUCAAGUCCAGCAUGGGCAGCAGCUUCAGCUACCCUGACGUUAAGCUCAAGGGCAUUCCGGUCUACCCCUACCGCCAUGCCACCUCCCCAGUCCCUGACGCGGAUUCCUGCUGCAAGGAGCCCCUGCCCGAGCCUCCUCCAACGCGGCACAGCCUGCCCAGCACCCUCCCCAGCAGCCCCCGCGGCUCCGAGGAGUAUUACUCCUUCCACGAGUCGGACCUGGACCUGCCCGAGAUGGGCAGUGGCUCCAUGUCGAGCCGGGAAAUCGACGUGCUUAUUUUCAAGAAGCUGACCGAGCUGUUCAGUGUACACCAGAUCGAUGAGCUGGCCAAGUGCACGUCGGACACCGUGUUCCUGGAGAAGACCAGCAAGAUCUCAGACCUGAUCAGCAGCAUCACACAGGAUUACCACUUGGACGAGCAAGACGCCGAGGGCCGCCUGGUGCGUGGCAUCAUCCGCAUCAGUACCCGCAAAAGCCGCUCCCGCCCACAGACCUCCGAGGGGCGCUCGGCCCGCUCUACAGCCCCUGCCACUGCCCCCGACAGUGGCCAUGAGACCAUGGUGGGCUCUGGCGUCAGCCAGGACGAACUGACAGUGCAGAUCUCCCAGGAGACAACAGCAGAUGCCAUCGCCAGGAAGCUGAGGCCAUAUGGAGCCCCAGGGUACCCAGCCAGCCAAGACUCGUCCUUCCAGGGCACGGACACAGACUCUUCAGGGGCACCCCUGCUGCAGGUGUACUGCUAA